AUGGAUGCACAAUCGUUGAUGCCCGCUAACCAACAAUUCGAGCCGCUUGACGAAAUUGCGCUAAUGCUGUUCACUCGAUUUCAGCAAGGGGGCGAUCCGCACCACCUUGAAGAAUCAAUCUCGGUGUAUAGACAAGCUCUAGCGUGCUACCCAUCCCCCCAUUCACGAUAUUAUUCAUCGUCUAACAACCUAGCUGUCGCUCUGUAUUCACGAUUCCGACAGAGAGGCGAGGUCUCCGAUCUACAAGAAAGCUUCUUUCUAUGGUCCCACGCUCUUGAUUCACCGUAUUAUCCGGACAGGCAACAUAUAAUCAAAAACCUGGCUAAUGUCCAAUCUGCAAGAAUUUUGCAAGGUGUCAGUGAAGACUUCGACUUGGAUCACUGUGUUUCUCUCCGCAAGGAGGCUCUUGAGCUUAAUGCCCCUGAUCUGAAUGAUACAAAUCGGAUUCCUUUAGCCAACGAUCUCGCGCUGGCCCAUUGGGAUAAAUUUCAAGGCGACGGCGGUGAAAAUUAUUUGGGUGAAUCGAGGAUGGCUUUAACAGAUGCCCUCAGUUUAUGUUCAUCUUCCAACUUGUAUUAUGCCGAUUGUGUCAACAAUCUUGCUCUAGUAUGCCACCAGGAAUCUUUUAUUGAGGGUAUCUACGACAAAGAUGAUGAUGAAGAAUACCUGGACAACUGCAGGGAGGCUUUGGAAUCGUUUCCCUCACAUCAAGAUCAGCCCUUAUUACUCAGUGUUCUUACAACUAUCCUUCACAGUCGAAUGCGCCAAAAGGACGAUGAUGACAAGAGUAUUUUCGAAUCCAUUUCUCUCUGCAGAAAGGCACUGGAAAUUCUCUCCCCGCUCGACCCCAAGCGGGCAAGAAUACAACACACUCUGGCAAUUGCGCUGACUUCUCGAUAUCAGCAACGUUUUGAACGACGCGACCUAGAAGAAAGUAUAUUUCUUCACAAGCAGGUCCUCGCCAACCUUUCCCCGACUGAUAUAGAGCCGUCCGAAUUGCUAGAAAAUUUAGCAAUUGCACUGAGACUUCGGUACGAAGAAGUAGGUGAGAAACGCGAUCUAGAAGAGUGCAUUUCUCUCUACAGGCAAGCACUAGAGCUCCGGGGCACAUCUGAUCCUGAAACGGCUUUGUCUAUCAAUGAUUUUGCCUGUGUUCUUCUUCUUCGGUAUGACAAGGAUGGUGACAGGAAGGAUCUAGAGGAAUGCAUCUAUUUUUUCCGGCAAACAUACCAAAUGUUACCUCAAACUCAUCAAUGCUAUUUGGACUCCAUUAAUAACCUUGCCAAGGCUUUGUCCAUUCGAUUCAAACUCAACGGAGAUUUGAGUGAUUUAGAAGAAAGUAUAUCUCUUUUCAGGCAAUCUCAGAGUGACUAUAGAUCCCCGGUGUUUGUCAACCAAUCACAGGCGCGCAUAAACCUUGCCGAUGUACUGUUCACGCGAUACAAACAAACAGGACAGGAGAGCGACAUGGAAGAAUGCAUCUCUCUCUUUAGAAGUGCUCUGAACUCUAUCUCCACUGGACACCACAAAUACCGGUCUGCCUCACUUGUCAAACUUGGCAAUGCUCUAUGUACUCGCUUUAGUCAUAGUAGCGAUCAAAGCGAUCUCGAUGAAAGCAUCGGUUUCUACAAGGAAGCCCUCGAAAUCUAUCCCCCACCGCACCCAGAAGCUGCCGAGGCUCUUAAUAAACUGGCAGCUGCUCUUGAGACACGCUCUAAGCUCUAUGAUGCUGCGCAGCCAAACGAUAUUUAUGAAGCCCAAUUUUUUCGCCAACAUGCUGAGGCUUUACGCCGCACUACAGAUGUAGAAUCCCAGGGAAUGGACGUUACGCAAGUCUGA